UCUUUCAGAGAUGUACUGUCAGCCUCUACGUGAGGUGGAGCAGGGCUACGUGGUGGCCGUCCAGAAGACUGAAUAUGAGGUCGGCUUUGACAUCCACUACCUCUGCAAGAAAAACUUCCUCCUGGACGGACCCCAGAAGGUCACCUGCCUGUCGAAUGGCAGCUGGAGUGCAUCGCCCCCUUACUGCAGAGCUCGCUGUCUCAUCCCUGCUGAGAAGAGCCGUGUGAUGAUCGGUGGGGUGAAGCGUUGGCCGUUUGACGUGACAGACGCCAUGGUUCCUCACGGAGAAAAGGUGGCGUUCUUCUGCAAACAUCCUUCCCAGCAGUGCAGCUUUACUGCGAUCCAAACGUGCUUUGACGGAAAGCUGGAGCCACCAGCAUGCUACCUUG